AUAAUAAUUAAAGGCUAUAAUUUGCUUGGUUGAAACAAUUAUAAAUAUAUAGUUGGCACAAAAACUGAUUAUGUAUUAUAGUGAAAUUAUGAUCUAUGGACCUUUCUCGAUUUUAAAUUAAAUUAUGAUAAAUUAUGAUUGCAUCCAUUUUUUUCUGCGUAUAAAACCAACAUUUCUUUACUAUUUGCGUAGUAAUAAUAAUUAAUAGCUACAAUUUGCAUCGUCAUAACAACUAUAAAUAUAGUUGGCACCGAAAAUGUUUCUAGUGAAAUUAUGAUCUAUGGACUUUUCUCGAUUUGAAUUAAAUUAUGGCUGCAACCAUUUUUUUUCUGUAUAUAAAACAUAAAAUAUAAAGCCAAUAUUUAAGUAUAAAACGAAUAGAUCAUCUAAGAUGUGGACCAUUGUCCAGUAACUCCUCUCCUUUCGCAAGAUAAAUAAUUUUGGAAGAUAUCCUGUAUCCUUCGCAGAACGCAUAUAAAAACGUUUUUAGAGUAUUUGACAGCUCGAAACAAAAAAGGACUUCUUUGGCACGUGUGGGACGCUCCGCGAUCCUCUCGGAUGUACACAUCCGGGAAUAAGCGCGUGGAGAGCAGUGCAACUUCCCAGGAUCUCCACCCAUGCACGUGGAACAGUCCAUACCUGGCGCGGCGCACGCGUAUGAGUGCGUGCAGCGGUGGGACGCGGCAAUUCUAUAUGCCAACCCAGGAACUCGAUAUCCAGUCGGAAUCGGGUCACAAGAUAAUCGAUACACCUGGCCGCUAUAGAUUACACGGUCGUCUCACCUUACCGAUGCCUCGCGGACGCCACCGGUGUCGGUCGGUCGAUUUCUACGCGAGAGACAACGACGACGACGACGACGACGACGGAGGGAGAGACGUCGAGUGUCAUCCGCUCGAAAGCCACAGGAUGCUCGAGCAUCCUGUAAACUUUCGGCUUGUCCACGGUACAGAGAAGAAAAAACGUCUGAACGCGCGACGGUGCAACGAUCGCGAUGGAGUGUCGUGAAGCGAUCGGAGAACGUCCAGCAAGAGGUGACGAUGUACAACGAUCGAUCGAGCUGUUGGACAAGGUGCUCUCAGAGUACGACGAGCACGACGCGGAGGGCGAAGGUGGCGGCGGUGGCGGCGGCGGUGGCGGAGGCGGCGGCGGCGGCGGUGGCGGCUGCGUCGGGAGCGGAAGCGGCGGGGGCGUCGGGGAUUGCGGCAGCAGCACGGAACCGAGUAUUGGCCUCACACCCGACGACGAGAGUCCGUCCUUAGGACACCAAUCCGAGGACGACGGUUACAUGAGCAUGAAUGGUCGGAAGGCGAAGAUGGCCCUGGUAGCAUUACGUCCGGUUCCGGAUUGUCCGGAGCCGCAGGAUCCCGCGGGUGUCUCGACGCAAGAAUUCCCGCCGCCUCCGGAAGAGGCCGAACGUAUCAUCUCGACUCUUCUACCAAUGGUUUCGCCAGGAAACUCGUCAAAGAGGAGUGUCGUGGGCCAGGCCGCGGAACGGCGGAACAACGUUGGCGGCCGGCAGCAGUGGAUGGUGUCCGUGGAGGAUAGCAUGCGUCACGGGAACGCGGUUACCACACAGACUACUCUCCCGAAAACCCGCCACCAGCGACCAUAUGGUUGGGAGAACGGAACCGUGGAGUCGUUGCGGUUGGCCCAACCGCCCAGUCCGCCCAGCAAAUUCGCCAGUCUGCCGUACGAUGGCAAGGUGUCCUUCAACUGGAUCCCGCCGCGUACGAAUCCGAGCGCGGUGGAGAAGCACCGGGAGGUGCGUCGUCGUUCCUCGGAGGAGUGCCUGGAGGAGGACGGAGACAGAGGUGGCGAUCGCCAGCGGCAGGUCGCCAGCUCCCCCGAUCGCGGCGCAGGCGGCCAUCAUCACGCGAGGAAGCAGCAACGGCAGCAGAACGAGAUCAUGAAGUCCAGCAGCGUGGAGGACCGUCUGUUGAUGAACAGGUCGGACAAGGAGUCGCGACGCAGUCGCAACGACUCGGACUCGAGCGAGGGCCGGUUCUCGCGGAACUCCGAGUCCGAGAGCCGGUCCUCGAUGCCGCGCUCCAGCUCGGUCAGCGUCGAGCGGUUCUCCAUGCGCGCCAACUGCGACUCGUCGGACUUCUCGCGCGCCAACUCCACGUCGAACGAGCGCUUCCACUCGGACUUCUCGAUCGCGGUCGCGAGCGCGAGCUCGAACGAUCACGUGUCCGUGCCGACCUCCGAGCCGUUUUCCAUACGCAACCUCGAUUUCGUUUCGUUCGCGUUGCCGCGCGCGGACUCGAGCGAACGCUUCUCCGCGCCCACGUCCGACCGUUGUUCCGAGGAGCGCUACUCCGACCUCUUCUCCACGCGUAAUUCCGACUUCUCCGCGCGAAAUUCGGCCGACUUUAGGACGCAGUCCGAGGAGGAGCGCUUUUCCGACGACUCCCUGGAGGAGCUACUGCCACCACCGCCGCCCAUCAGCAAGAGACACUCCAUCGCGUGGGAGGUCUCUCUGGAGGACGAUCCUCUGUACGCCCCCGGCAGCACCAAGGUUGUCGGGAGGAGACGACGAAAGAGCAGCGAUGUAUCAAGUGUAGGUUCCGCGUCGAAGUUGCGCGACUUCGACGACUGGCAGGAUCAGCGAUUGUCGACGACCGACGACGAUCUGAUCUCGCCGUACUCGGACUCGUCGACGAACGAUCUCGAUCAGAUACGACCUCAGGAGCUUACGAAAAACGGCACCUACGUCAUACGACGCGGCCGGAAGAAGGAGCGCAAGGUUCUACCGAAGACGCCGACCAAGACCAAGAGUCUGUCAUUCGAGAACGGCGAGGAAGGUGGCCGAUUGUCGGAUGUGAAGCGAUACUCGAGCACCUUCGACAACAUCAAGAGCCUGCUGAAGGAGGGCAAGCUGGAAGGUCUGGACGAGCCGCCGGCGGAAUUCGCGCUUCCGGUACCGCCGCCGGACCUCAUCCGGGUCGUGUCAAUGCCGGCGAUCAAUAACGACGCCAGCAAUCGGGCCCAGCUGGAGAUCACUGUAGAGGAGGAGGAGGCGUCCGACAUCUCGGACAAGGACAAGGAGCGCGACAACAUCGAACUACCUCGGCUACCACCGUCGCCAGUCGAGGACGAUCAAACGGGCCCUCGUCCGGACCGGUCGAGAGAUUGCAACGGCGGCGUCCCGACGGCGCCUACCUUGACGGAUCUGGAUAUCGCGUCCAGGUCGUCUGCGAACUGCGCGCUCGCGGAGCCGACGAGGAAAAAACUCACGAGCGCGGUGAGCGACGAGCGACUGGCUUCCAAGAUCCCGGUGAACCUGCUGAUCGAGGAUCAGAUCGUGAAAAAGGCGCUCAAGGAGAACCGCCGGCAGCUGGAGAAGGUGAGCGACGCGAUCAAAGAGAUCGAGAGCGUGAAGAACAGCGAGUCCUACUGCGAGAGCAAACGCUGGCGGAACGGCGAUCUGAAGCAGAGUUCGAAGCGAAACAGUUUCGAGAACGAUUUUCCACCGGUCUACGACGGCCGGAAGCCGAUGACGAUCGACGGCAGCCCCUACGACGGCAGGUCGCGCGGCAGGCAGCAACAUCAGCAGCAGCAUCAAUACAGCUCCGACUCCGAGACGUCGAAGGCCAGCUCGGACGCGGACUUCGCGGAUCGUAGAAAACUGAACGGCGCCGCGGACGUUUACUCGUCCGGCAGGCGGUUGCGCCAGAAUGGUAUCGAAAACCACAAGAACGAUCAGAAGCAGAUCGAGAACGUGAUCGACGCUAUUCUGGAGGACUCGAAGAAUCCGGAGUUUCAGGUGAGUGUCGAUGUGAUGGAGUUCCCACCGUUGCCGCCCUCGCCCGUCGAGGAAGCUGACGAGGAAAGUUGCUCGGACGUCGGCCAGAGCGCCGUGAUGACGCCACCGAAGUCCAAGAGUCACAGCAGCAACCGGGCCGUGGAGUACAGGCCGAGGGUGCCACCCCAUCGUGUCCCGGUCAUCGACCCGAAGGAGCAGGCUUCCUUGAACACCAGGUCCAUGGAUGCCGGCUACACCAGGGGGAGACGCACACCGACCACCAGUAAUUCCAGGCGAGAGGUGCCGGUGGAACGGAGAACUCUGCCCACCGAUUUACCAGGACCAUCCCGUCGACGGCCGUUCACGAAAAGGCACUCGCCAUCGGCAGAGGCGUGCUCCUCCGGGGGUAGCAGCGGCGGUGGUGGUACUGGCGGCAGCGUCGUUACCGGCACCGGUUCCGGUAUGCAGACGUCGUGUUCCCUACCGGAGACUCCGGUGUUCGCGAGGGGCAGCGACAUCCCCAGAACGCCGCAACACGCUGGCAACCCCACGCAAUCGAGGCGACAACCCGGCUGGUACGCACCCACCACAGCUACCGGCUAUCGACGGAACAAUCCUGGUCUAGAGCAAGCCAUAAUCGGCACUGAGCUUCUACGGCUGGCGGGCGGCCCGAAUCGCGGAUGGUAUCCCACCAGGAAGGCGAACCAACCGCGACCGGCGUCGAUCGAGCAUCUCGAGCGGCUGAAUAAUGCCUAUGACGCACGGCUACCGAGCACCGGGGACCAGAGGAAGCCGCUGACUCUGCCCACGAACAUCACACCCAACAAAUACUUCGGCCAAAGUAAGCACAGCUCCGCCUCCAGCACUCGCGAGGCGCUACGGAGGGUCACUAGCUUGCUCAUCAAGAAAGGAAGCGGUAGCAAAGAUGGAAAGGGCAACAAGGAUAAUAACUCACCCUCUGGUCCUUAUGCCGGAUGCGCGGACGGCGGCGGCGACGCGCCCAAGAAGAAAGGUUUCUUCAAGGGCUUCUGGAAGCGGUCGCGCCACUACUCGCUGGAGAACCAAUAGCCCAGGUGCGCGAGGGUGACGAACCACCAUCAUCACCAGCGGUACAGGCAGACGCGGCAGCAGCAACGGCAGCGGGGCAUCGCGGCCACCACAACCCUCGCGAGCAACCCCUGCUGCUGUAUCGUCCAGUAACCCCGAUUUUACAACGCGUACAUCGACCGCGACCAUCCUCUCAUCUCCCCAAACCGAUCCCGCACGGCACAGAACGUACCAGCGAUGUUCGCAGCAAUUUUGUAACGUUGCUGAAAUGCGUUGUGUUCUGCGCUGUAUGGGACGUGCACCCUUUGCACUCGCGACGGUGCAUUUCCGCGUUCCUCUCGCACGCGUUUCACCCUCCGUUCCCGCCCCCACCCUCUCCUUCGAUUUGAUCGACUACGUUUUACGUUUAGCUUGAUCUUUGCAUCAUUUGUGAACCGAAAUAAUAUUGAUUCUGUGUAUGAUUUGAUAAUCUUGGCAGUCUUUGAGCUAUAUACACACCUAUAAACGUAACACUCACGUAACACUCACAAGUACACGAAGCAGAAAACUUGCGAAAGAUUAUCCUUUACGUUGUGUCUUGUAUCUUUUCAAAGAAAGAAAACGAAGCGAACUCCAGAUCUGUUGUAUGUACAUAAGAUUAUAACGAUACAAUUGAUCUUUCCACAAUUCGCCCUAAACGGUAUUAAAACAAAAUCUGUCCCUUUGGUUCCUUUCAGAACAAGGUCAGCCGGCAUGAUUUUUUCAGGUCCGCCGCAAUAGGGUGAGUCUUUGCGUGUUAUUCAGUUCCCAUUUACAAUUUGACACCCCUCCCCCCCCUUCAUAUGUCCUCCCUAAAGAAAAGAAACAAAUUAUCGAAUAUUUUUCUUUAAUGAUGGAAUUCACUGAUUCGAUAAAUCUAUCUCGUGCGAUAAGUUUAUCGAUUUGAUCACUGACCGACUUCCGGAAGAGAAAUUUUCCCCCCGGUAAUUUUCUACGCGAAAAUUUCGGAGCCCUCGCGCGAAAUGAUGAGACGUCAGCCUUACUCGUUGUCAUUAAUCAGCUCGGAGAGUUUGCGCGGCGCCGGGGAAUCCCGAUUACUUUCGCGGGAGUAUGUGUCACGGUCUGUAGCUGGAACGAGAGUAUCGUCUCGUAUCGAAACGCUUCUUCACGCUGUCUCCGUCACGCUGUCUGUCACGCUGCACUGGGUUCCCUCGCCACGUGUUAUCGCGCGUCUAAAAGAGAUUCGCGAAUUCGUACGAAUUCACGUGAAUGCCGUACGAAUGGAUGUAUAGACGCGUUUCUUACGCCAAUUGACGAAUUUGUUCUACUUCGUUUGAAUUAAGUUACCUUUUACAAUUACAUAAUUAAUUUUUGAAAAAAGUUGAAAGUUUUUAAUAAAUAUGACGGGACUUUUACCAUGCGUAUCCCACUUGGAACACCAAAAGAGAGAAGUAUUUGAUAUUUGUGAAUUAUAAUUGAAUAUAUAAAUAAUUAUAGUUUGGAACUCUCUAUUUUUAUAAUUGUUAUAGCGAUAAUGUUAAUAAUAGUAACAUACAAAGUGUUAAACCGACCAAAAAUAAUUAUAAAUUAUAGUCAUUUUUGGUGCUAACUAUAUUUAAAUUAUGGUAAUUACAACUAUUCUUUUAUCGCAGUAAUAACUAUAAAAAUGGCACUUCCCUAACCACAUAAUUAAUUUUACAUUCAAUUACACCGAAUGAAAUUAGUCAUUUUCUAUAAUUUUUUGAAACAAAUUCGGUGUAUAUUUAAUUAUAAAUAUCUUAAUUAUUAAUUAAUAUUAAUCAUAACCGGCACAAAAAAUUCUAAACUUAAGAUUAGAUUUAUGUCAGUCGCAAUGGUUUUUAAUGCUGAAUAAUUUUAAUCUCCAGUUUAUUUGAACUGCGCACCGCAUAUUCGUCAGACUUGAAAUACAAUUAUGCGGAAUAUGGAUACUUUAGAAGCAUUUAUAAAAUCAUUUUUCUCCGAUAAAAAAAACUAUAUAAAGAUUUUAUUGCGAAAAAA